AUGGCGGAGGCAGGAGUCCUGCCAUGGAAGGGGUGCGCCUCCCCCCCAUCCUCCUUCUCCCUGGGUUGGGAAGGUGCCCUUCUGCCCUCUGGGGACGGCCAGGGGAGGGCGGCUUCCCUCCCGGGGUGGUGGCGGGUCUUUCCUGCCUGCAUCGCUUCCCCCCCCCCUCCCCAAGCAGCAGGCCGCCUCAAAGGUCCUGCUGCAUGCACCCUGCCUGCUCCAGCUCCAUCGCUGGUCUUCCCUUCUCCGCCUGCCUCCCCCUCCGCAGGCCUGAUGUGGAUGCACCAGCUGGAAGGGGACGUCCGGCUGCGCCACGUCUGCGAACAGAGCGACGGCCUGCCCCGAUACGGCUGGCUUCUUCACGACGGCACCCAUUUUGGGGUGCAGGAGAUCCGUGACGUGGGCCUCAGCUUGCAGACGGAGUUUGUGAAGCGCCCAGGGGGCCGGCACGGAGGCGACUGGAGCUGGAGGGUCACUGUUCGGCCUGAGAGGAGGGGACCGCAGGCUCCCAUCGUUUCGCUGCUCUUCUAUGUGGCCACAGACGGGCAGGGGGCCCUGCAGCCCCGGGUGGAGGGGAAGAGCCGGCUGAGAGCCUUGACCGGCACGACCGAGGAGCUGGGAGACUUCAGCCUCACUUUCCAGCAACCCACUGACGAGGCUGGCGCGGCGCCUCUCUAUGCCAGCUACAACUACCUGCAAGCAAAGGCCGAAGGGCUGCACCGCCUGACGGAGGUCGUGAAAGCCAGCCUGACUCCUCGCUUUUCCUAUGGGCCCCCGGGGACACCCCAGCGGCGCUACUUUGGUGUGGACGUGUACCGUGGAGGCCCGCCUGGGGGUGGGGAGCCCCGCAGCCAGCUCCUGGUCCACCAGGUGACAGUGGCCCUGCCCUGCCGCCUGGAGGUGGUCUUUGAGUCGGGCAGCUUCGCCGGCCGCCCUGGGCCGCUGGCUGGAGAGGCCCUGACGCAGGAGCUCGAGAGGCACCGGGCGGCCUUUGAGCAGCGCUUCGAGGACACCUUCGGGCUGGCCGCCAAGGGCUACUCCCUGCAGCAGCAGCAGUUUGCGAAGGCCGCCCUCAGCAACAUGCUGGGCGGGAUGGGCUACUUCUAUGGGCAGUCCCUGGUGCGGUCCCCGCACACGGAGCACCCCCAGCUCUACCCAGAGGGCCCCCUCUUCACUGCGGUGCCCUCCCGCUCCUUCUUUCCCCGGGGCUUCCUGUGGGACGAAGGCUUCCACCAGUUGCUGCUCGGGCGCUGGGACCCAGCCCUCAGCCAGGAGGUCUUGGCCCACUGGCUGGAUCUCAUGAACGCGGAAGGGUGGAUCCCGAGAGAGCAGAUCCUGGGCGAGGAGGCCCGCACCAAGGUGCCUGCCGAGUUUGUGGUGCAGGACACCAGUGCUGGUAACCCCCCGACCCUCUUCUUGGCCCUGCAGCAGCUGAUGGCCCACGGAGGAGGGGAGGCCAGUUUCCUGGAGCGCCUCUUCCCCCGCCUGGAGAGCUGGUACCGGUGGUACAACGAGACGCAGGCCGGGCCCGAGCCCUACACCUUCCGCUGGCGUGGGCGGGACCGGGAGGCUGAACGGUUCCUCAACCCGAAGACGCUGACCUCGGGCCUGGACGACUACCCCCGGGCCUCCCACCCCUCGCCGGACGAGCGCCACCUGGACCUGCGCUGCUGGAUGGCCGUGGCCUCGGCCGUCAUGGCCGAUGUGGCCAGCCGGGUGAAGAAGCCCGCGGGCGAGUAUCGCCGCAUGGCUGAGGCGCUGGCGGACAACACCCUUCUUGACCAGCACCACUGGGCCGGGGCGCUGGGCACCUUUGCGGACUACGGCAACCAUACCUUGGCUGUGGCCCUGGAGAGGGAGCGGCUCCGGCUCCCUCCCCCGGGCCAGCCCCUCCCCACCCCACAGCUGGUGCGUGUCGUCCGCAAGCCGCCCAAGCUGCAGUUUGUGGGGGGAGCGCUUGGGUACGUCAGCCUUUUCCCCUUGCUGCUGCAGCUGCUGCACCCGGACUCCCCCCGCCUGGGCAGCCUCCUGGCGGACAUGCGCAGCGAGAAGAAGCUGUGGACGCCCUUUGGCCUGCGCUCCCUCUCCCGCACCAGCCCCUUCUACCUCAAGCACAACACGGAGCACGACCCGCCCUACUGGAGGGGGCCGGUCUGGGUCAACAUCAACUACCUGGCUGUGCGGGCCCUGCACCACUAUGGCCAGCUCGCGGGGCCCUUCCAGCAGCAGGCGGCGGCCCUCUACCAGGAGCUGCGUGCAAACCUCGUCAGCAACAUCUAUCGCCAGUACGUGGAGAGCGGGUACCUCUGGGAACAGUACAAUGACCGCACAGGGCAGGGGCAAGGCUGCUACCCGUUUACAGGCUGGUCAGCUCUUGUGGUGCUCAUGAUGGCCGAGGAAUAUUGAGGAGGAAGAGGUGGCGGUCGCGGUGGCGGGAGCUGCUGGUCCCGGGGGUCCCUGGUUCUUUGCACCAGGGCCUGCUCUUGCCGAGGCCAGUGCUGACCACCCCCUGGCGCCCAGCUGAGCGAUCCAGAUUCAGAGUCCUGGCAAAGCGGCUGUGGCCCUACAGUCUCCCUCCAGCCCAGGGCAGGCUCUGGCUUUUCAGUUUUUUACUGAAAUAAAGCUGUGAAGCUUGGAC